AUGAAGCUAUGCUUCUUUGCACUAUUCAACACGGUGCACGAAGAAGGUUACCGGGUAAUGAAGGAGAAGGGCUUGAACAUAGUGUCGAACUUAAAGAGAACAUGGGGAAAUCAAUGCAAAGCCUACUUUGAAGAAGCAAAAUGGUUCCACCAUGGCCAAACCCCCAAGCUCAGGGAGUACUUGGAGAAUGCAUGGGUAUCAGUCUCCGGUCCGAACAUUCCAUUUAGUGCUUACUGUGUGGGCAAAGACUUAACUCAAGAGGCCUUGAAAAAUUUCCCCAGUUACCAUGAGAUCACACACUCCUCCAGCAUGCUUCUUCGUCUUUAUGAUGAUAUGGGCACUUCGACGGAUGAGAUAGAAAGAGGCGAUGUAGCGAAAUAUAUUCAAUGCAGCAUGCAUGAGAAAGGUGUCUCAGAGGAGGUGGCACGGGGGGAGAUGAGAGAAUUGGUGAAGGAACACUGGAGAGUAGUGAAUGGAGCUCUUAGUUGGGAUUCUCCAUUUGAAGAGUAUUUCAAGAAUGCAGCAGUUAAUUUGGCUCGGACAUCAUAG